GCCUGAAGUUCGGCCGGAUCGAUGGCCGACGUGCGCCCGCGUUUGUCUUCCCUUUGUGUCUUGCUGUGCGUUUGAACAGGUUGUACUGAUGUGCACUGUCUCCUGAGACUUUCUGCCUCACCCCCCCGACCCCUCCAGGGGCAGCCAUGUCGCAGUUCUCCACCAUGACGACCAGGGAGCGGAAAAUGCAGGCGGCGGCGAUCUGCAGGGAGGUUCUAGGGCAGGAAGACAUCGAGAUGGAUCUUGGGAAGAAAGUGAGCGUGCCUAAGGACAUCAUGCUGGAGGAGCUGUCGCUCGCCUCCAACCGGGGCUCCCGUCUCUUCAAAAUGCGCCAGCGACGCUCUGAGAAAUACACUUUCGAGAGCAUCCAGAACCACAACAACAACCAGAUCAAUAACGGAGUGGUAUCUCACGCGGAGAAUCCCGCCGACUCCCACAGUGGCGAAAACAACUCCGGUGACAACCAGCCACCCAAAGAGGAGCCGUGUGACGCACCAGAUGGAAGUGGGGAGCCGAAUCCAGACAGCAUUGCCCCGGGGUACGGAGGUCCUUUAAAAGACAUCCCUCCAGAGAAGUUCAACUGUACGUCUGUGCCAAAGUCCUACUUCUCACCCUGGGACCAGGCCAUCAACGGUGAUCCGGCCUUAGCCAGCGCUCUGACCGGCUGCAUGCCCGAGCCCGAGCCCCAACCAGACCCACCGGGGUACAAAAGUUUCAACAGGGUGGCGACUCCGUUCGGCGGCUUCGGCAAGACACCAAGCAGACCAGCACCCAACAGGCCGGCACAGGCCGAGGCCCUCCCCGACUUCCCUGAGCUCCGGGGGGACGCACCCAUCAACCGAUCCUCCUUCAACAGAUCCGCUCUGGGGUGGGUCUCGACGGGCGAGCCGGUCCCCCUCCUCACCGUUUCCCUUGAGCCCGCGCUCAUCCCAGAGUCAGACGACCUUUGAACCCGUAAUGAAGUCACACAGAGAGGCUGUCAACUUCCUCGCACCCAAGGUUAGGGAUGGCAGGGGGGUGAGAGAAAGUGUCCCGGUUGAGGUUAUCGUGUGUGCGGCGUCCCUUCAAUUCACUGGGACGCAUGAAUCGUGAGUUAAUGUGGCAGUACGUAGAGACACUGCUGUAAUAAAUUUACUGUAAUAAAUGGAAUUUGUUGUAUAUUAAUGUGCAUAAGAGUAUUUUAUCUUGCAGACACAAGUUUUGCACAAUAAAAAAGGUGUGUGAUGCAUCAAGCGCUUCAUUAUUCAUCUCAGCGUUUCAUUUGUCAUG